AUGCAUAACUAUUCUUCUUUGACAAAGAAUUAAAUUUAGCGAUUAGAAGAAAAAUAUUACAUUAUUCUUGCUGAUAAUUCUAAAAUAUCAAAUUCAAAAGUUUAGGAUGUAAUUGAAACUUCAACUAAUGAUCCAUAAUUAGAUUAAUAAUGGAAUUAAGAUUAUUGUAAUGUGAAGAAUUCUUUUACUACUUAUCAAAACUUGUAUUAUAUUAAUUAACUUAAGCUUUUUGGAGAGAUUUAAAAUUGUAAUGUUAGGUAUAAUAACAACAUUUGUUUUAAGAGCACUUAUUGUUUUCAAUAAAUAAGACUUGUCUAAAGUUGAUAUAUUCUCAUUAAUUGCAUUAAUUAGUAGGUAAUUAAUUAAUAAUUUAGCUAUUCCUUCUUAAUCAUAUCAAUUAAAGCUUUGCAACUCAGAGAAAAGAAAUAAAAAUAAAUUAUUAAAUUGCACAACGUCACAAGUAUAAUUGCAUUGAUAUUUAUUAUUUUUUGUAAUAUUUGUAUGUUCCUUUCAAAAAAUUAAGACAGUUAAAAGUAUAUUGAUUUAAAAUAAAUUAGAACUUUGGUUUUAUCCUGUUUUCUAGCUACUGAUGUCUUGAUUUAUAACUGGACCUAUUUAGAAUAAAGAUAUAGCAAAAGAUUGAUAAAAUUAUUAAUGAAAAUUAAAGAACAUUUAUGA